AGCUCCUAAAUCUGUUUUCGAAGCCAAACCGUUUCUCUUGACUUUUGGGUUUUCUCUUUCAAGCUCAGAAAAAUGACUUUUGGAGGGAAAUUCACAUAAAAAUAAUAAUAAAAAAAAGCUUUCUUUCUAUUUCAUAGCUCAAUGUUUUCUCUAUAGGAUAAUACUCAAUACUCAUCAUCAGCAAUCUCACAGUUGAUUACAAAUGAACGGUGAUGAUCUGAAUGUGAUCUUACCCCAUUAACCUACGGUAUUAAGGUAUUCGAAAGUUCCAAAUAGGACAAACAAAAGACGGCAAAUACCUGUAAAGGUUUAUUCCUGUUGGUCUAUCCACGAAGGAAAAGCUACCAUUAGAGGCUUCUCUUCUCUGUAACCUUCUAAUAAUUAUGUAAUUUAUCUAUUUGUAGUUUUUCAUAUGGUGGGGUCUGGUUUGAAAGUACUUUUGUUGUAUUUAAUGGUAGAUUGCUGAUUGUAUUAGCUCUACCGAGUGUGUUGCCGCUGCAGUGGUUUUUCCUCAUACAAAUAAAUUCCUUUUACUUUAGUGGGGCUUCGGGAGUCUCUCUAGAUUGUGCUUUGGAUUCUUAUUAUUGGAGGCUCACUUCUCUGUUUGUUGUGUUGUUUUAAGUAGUUGCUACCGUGUGUUCUUCUUUAGAGCUCUGUUCAGUCUUUGGAGGCUGCUUACAGGUUGUUUUCUUGGUCUCUUUCAGCUCGGCAAAGCUGGAUCAGUUUAGCUCCAGCUAAGGAUUAAAAAGCAAAAGUUUCUUGGAUCAAAUGGUACUCAACAUAUGGUUUGGAAGUCUUAUUUUACUCCUAGUUGGCAUGUUCAGCAAUGCAAUAGGUGCAUUUAUAGGAGUAAACAUAGGAACUGAUGUUUCCAACAUGUCGUCAGCUUCAGAUGUGGUUGCAAUCCUCAAAGCCAACAAAAUUACUCAUGUGCGCAUCUAUGAUACUGAUGCUCACAUGUUGAACGCCCUUGCUAACACUGGGAUUGAAGUAAUGGUUGGUGUCACAAAUGAGGAAGUCCUAGGGAUUGGCAAAUCUCCAGCAGCAGCUGCAGCAUGGAUUAAUAAAAAAGUUGCUUCUUAUGUACCUUCGACCAACAUUACAGCAAUUGCAGUUGGCAGUGAGGUUCUUACGUCAAUUCCUAAUGCUGCUGCUGUUCUGGUUCCUGCCAUGAAUUACCUUCAUAAAGCCCUAGUUGCUUCAAAUUUAAAUUUUCAAGUAAAAGUUUCAACUCCCCAAUCCUUGGAUGUUAUCCCUAGGCCUUUCCCACCAUCAACUGCCACUUUUAAUUCUACUUGGAAUUGUACAAUUUAUCAGCUCCUUCAGUUUUUGAAGAACACCAACUCAUAUUACAUGUUAAAUGCCUAUCCUUAUUAUGGGUACACCACUGGAAAUGGAAUUUUCCCAAUUGAUUAUGCUCUUUUCCGACCACUUCCCUCUGUCAAGCAGAUUGUUGACCCCAACACACUUUCUCACUAUAACAGCAUGUUUGAUGCAAUGGUGGACGCUACCUAUUAUGCCAUAGAUGCUUUCAAUAUUUCUGGGAUUCCCAUUAUUGUUACAGAGACUGGUUGGCCUUGGCUUGGUGGAGCCAAUGAACCUGAUGCCACUGUUGAAAAUGCUGAGACCUUCAAUAAUAAUUUGAUCCGGCAUGUUCUAAAUGAUUCAGGCCCACCUAGUCAGCCAACCAUACCCAUUAAUACAUACAUCUAUGAGUUGUUCAAUGAAGACAAGAGGCCAGGGCCAGUAUCGGAGAAAAGCUGGGGCAUAUUUUUCACCAACGGCACUGCAGUUUAUACUCUUAGUUUGAGUAGUUCCAAUCGAAUCACUGGAAAUUCUUCUGUCACCUACUGUGUUGUUAAACAAAAUGUAGAUUCUGGAAAGUUGCAAGAAGGGCUGAAUUGGGCUUGUGGCCAAGGUGGAGCUAACUGCACUGCUAUCCAACAAGGGCAGCCUUGUUAUAUUCCUGAUACUUACCAGAACCAUGCAUCUUAUGCUUAUAAUGAUUAUUAUCAAAAAAUGCGUAGUGCUGGCGGAACAUGCGACUUUGAUGGUACUGCCACAACAACUACAGUGGAUCCCAGUUAUGGAUCCUGCGUCUUUACCGGAAGUACAAAUUCAAGCACAAGUGGGGCAAAUUUUCCACCAGUGUCACCUGGACCCAUAAGUCCUGAAGGAGGGAGUUCAAGUUCGAGCUUCCAAGCUUCAAUAUUUCAGUCUCUAUUAACUGCAGCGCUUCUCGCUCUAAUCUUGCUUUGACAUCGAAGGUCUAUUCAUUUUUGCACAAUGUUAGGUGGUUCAGUUACUGCAGAAGAUUAGUAGCUGACUAGCUGCAUUAAAGAUGGUUAAAAUGUUAAUUUUGCUAUGUGCAUUAAAGAAUAGGAAAAUUUUCAAUUGUUUUUGUCAUUCUAUCUCAUUUUCAAGGUUUAUCUGCUCAUUUUUUCAGUCCCUUCUCUUCCACCUCAGUUUUUGGUGUGGUGAGGUUUUGUCUUGGGGGUUCACUGUUGUGUAAUUUUUAACUAGACAAUUAAUUUUAGGACAAUGCAACUGUUAAGAUCAUAAA